AGCCGCUAGGGCUCAAAGUGUAGAGCUAACUCUCAGGAGUCAUGAGGCGCUAUGCCUUCAGAGCGCUGACCGCGCGCCUUCCGCCACGGAGCGCCUUCCGCCUUCGCCUCCGGCCAGUGACCACAGCCAAACCCACCGUGAGUGCCCUCGGAGCGGCCACGCAGAGCCUCCGUGAUGCAGUGAAGAGCAGAGAGAUCACGGCAAGCAUCGUAGCCGAGGCCGAUGCACCAGUUGAUAGAUCUGCAGUGCUUGAAAGAUUGAGCCAUGAGCUUAGAGACUCAGAGGAAGAAAUGGAGGUGAUGCUCCUUGGAAGUGCUUUGCCACCAGACCGGAAGAGUGUAGCCUUCAAGACGCCCACAGGACCUCAAGGUAACAGCCCCAAGCGCAGUGUGCGCGUGGCUUUGCCAAACGUAGAAGAUAUCAGCAGUCUUCUCCAACGAGAGGACAAGCCAGCUGUACCCAAAGGCGAUGAACUGGCGGAGAUUCUAGAGAAGUUCUUGAGCCAGGAGCUUGUGGGAAAAUCAUCGCAUCAUGUUGCGAUGCUCACUGCAUGGGGCCCAAAAACCAUUGCUGACAGCGAGGGUGAAUUUGGAGAGGUUGCAGCCCUCAUGCGUUUGUCCCUGAAGGCAUUUGAAGCAACCCUGAAGUCGAGCAAAUCAGAUUUUCAGUUUGAGGUGAUACGUUCAGGAGAAGGACGGGAUUGCUUGGUCAUGCCUCCCUCCAAUUUUGCUCUCUUGGGACUGAAGGAUGCCUUCCACAUGCUUUUGCAGGGCUUCCGGGUGCUUCUCGUGGUGCAGCCGCGCUUCUUCCCACACUUCCGCGAGAUCCAGUUGAGUCUUAGCUCUUGUGGCCUCCCAGAGGGCAUCUUAGAGGUGGUCCCUGGAAUUACUCCAGAGGCCGACCCUGCAGUUUUGUAUGAAGUGCUGAAGCACAUCGACCGGCUUCAGUUCACCGGUUCUUCUGCCAUGUUCAAGAGCUUGGUCACGAAGGCCAUUGAGCUAGGAAAUACUCGAAUGGAACAUGCAGGUGAAGUCAGUGGUCUCAACAAGGUUCGCUUGGAUGGGGUGAAGGCAUCCCAUCCAGCAGUGGCCAUGGGUACGACAUGGGCAGCUAUGGCGAACAAUGGUGAGCUUUGCACAUCUGCUUCCAUGGUCGAGUUUGACCCUGCGCUGGAUACAACAGAUACCGUGAAGAGUGCGCUACUCGAGGCCGAGAAGUCCUUCACAGCUGGGCGUGAUCCCUCAGAUACCACUUUGGAUAUUCUCCUCAGAGAUGGAAAGGCAGAGAAUCUGGAAGUGAAGACCAGUUCCGAGAACUUCCAGGAGUGGUGGGAGAAGACCAUUUUGGCUUCAGCCAAGGACGAAGUGAAGCUCUCCACCAACCAAUCCUUGGGACAUUGCAUUUUUGCUCCUUCGAUCACCCAGGCGUUGGAAGGUGUUAGAGAGGAGGCCUCCAAUUUGUACUUUGUCGGCGUGCCAGAGAACACCAGCAGUGCAUCAGCACGAGCAGGAACUACGGGGGCCAAGCUGCCUGAGAGCACCUUUGGAGGGAUGAAAAGCUAUACCUAUGCAGUGGCUGGAGAUCAUGAGGGCGUUGGUACCAUUCAAACGAUUUUUGAGAACACCAAGCGCAGAGGUCCAAGCUGGCGGGAUCAGGAGGAGGCGUUCGCCCAGUAUGAACUGACGGAAGUUGCUGAAAUGCUUUUGGAGUUCCUGUCCCCACGGGAUCAACAGAGCUUCUCCAAGCAGAUCUCAAAUGUCUUGGAGGUCUUCAAGGCUUUCAUGCCGGAAGUCACAGCCCCAUAUGCGGGACAAGGCCUGGUGAAUUCUGAAGGCCGAAGUCAGCUGCUCACGUUGCAGGCUUUAAGACCCACUCGCAAGCACUUCCUCAUCCCGCGCGGUGUCGGGCUGCCGGAGGAGAUCGUCCAGAUGGCGGCCUUGUGUGCCAUGUCUCCUCUUAAGGAGGUCCCAGCAGAUUUGCACUUGUUGGAUGCCGCGCAGGCCGGACAGCUCCGGAUCACUGACCCACUCAAGUCAUUCGUCAAGGUGGUGCAAAACCAGCUCCAGUGGAGGGUCCAUUACCAUGCAAAUGCAGAGGCGCUGUCCAUGGCUUUGGAGAAAUCAGAAUAUCCUCCAUACUUCCUGUGCGUGAAGGACAGGCAUAUGCUGCCAGCGGAGGUCUUAAAGGCAGUGGCAGUUCAGGGAGGCUACUUCUCUGAGGGCUUUCCAAGCGAUGCUUUCUCGCUCUUCAGAUCCAUGACCACGACUCAGGCUUGGACAGUAGCCUGCACGCCCGACCAGGUGGAAGAAGCAGAAUUGGCCUUGUUGAAAGCCUGGAAGGAGAAUGGCUUGCGCAAGGAAGCGCACGAAGAUCCCGAAAUCAUCAAGCCAAAGGCCAGAGACAUGGAUAUUGGCGGUGGUUUUGGAGACACUGGUUCCAUCCAUGAUGACCGCAAAUGGGAUGAGCUGUCUGAUGACGAGGAGUCAGAUGAGGAGGUGGCAGACAACAAGCCGAAGGGAAGCACAGCAGCAGCGAGCUGAUUACCCAGGAGGCCACACCUCCCUGUACAGAAGGCCCGCACUGGCCACGGAAAGUUCCUUAGUGGAAGUCGAGUCUAUAUAGACCCAUCCGACCUACAAAUCUCAAGCUCAUAGAACAAAUAUGUGUAACAUCACGCAC